AACUCUGACUGUAAUCACGGAGACACCACUGAUGAAGUGAAAAUCUGCAAGUCUACUCCCAAAGACAUACUGUACAGUUGUGUUGUAGCAAAGACCCACUGAAUCAGGAUGGCACUAAUGAAGGUGAAGUUCAACCUGAAGAAGCGUGUGAAGCUCGCUCAAGGACUUUGGUUAAUGUACUGGUUUGCCGUCGUGGUGGGAGUCCUGGUCUUUAGUAUGGGCCUCUUUUUCAAGACCGAGCUUCGCAAGCGGAGUGACAUGAUGGACAACAAGGAAAGCCACUUCGUUCCUAACCUGCUGAUCCUGGUGGGGCUGGUAGGAUGUUGCAUCAACGCCUUCGGUGGGAAAAUCAGCUACGACUCGCUGGACACUACCAAGUUCCCCAGGUGGCAGCCCCUGCUGAAGCCCUUUCUGAUUGGUUGCAUCUUCUUUGAUGUGCUUCUCUUCUUCACAGCCUUUCUGUGUUUCACUAUGAGAUUGUCCCUCCAGUUCACACUGGCUGAAGGCCUGAAGAACAGCUUGAAGUUUUACAAGGACACGGACAUUCCGGGCCACUGCUUCAUGAAGAGGACGUUGGAUCUGACACAGAUUGAGUUCCACUGCUGUGGAAACAACAAUUACAAGGACUGGUUCGAAAUCCAGUGGAUCAGCAACCGAUACUUGGACUUUAGCUCCAAGGAGGUUAAAGACCGCAUCAGCAGUAACGUGGAGGGGCAAUACCUGAUGGACAGCGUCCCAUUUAGCUGCUGCAACCCCGGCUCCCCGCGACCCUGCAUCCAGCAGCAGCUGACCAACAACUCCGCCCACUACAGCUACGAGCACCGCAGUGAGGAGCUCAACAUCUGGAUGCGCGGCUGCAGGGAGGCGCUGCUCUCCUACUACGGCGGCAUGAUGAGCAGCAUCGGCGCACUGGUGCUGCUGCUCGACAUCCUGGAGGUGGCAGUAACGGCAGGACUGCAGUACCUGAACACAUCUCUGGCAACACUCGUGAAUCCCGAGGAACCAGAAAGUGUGAGUGAGGGCUGGCUGCUAGAGAAGACCCUAAAUGAGACCUUCUCUGACCUAAUGGAGAAAAUCAAGGCGUUGGGCAAGGGCAACAAGGUGCAGGAGGGCGUGGAGGAGGAACCUGUUGUCACAGUGAGCUGAGUGAGCCACGCCCACCUGGACUGAGGUCACUUCCUCCCAUGGGAGAGAAUGAGAGGAAAAUCCACCGAGACGGACACAAGCACACACCCACACUGACCACUGAAAGUGAAGGAAAGUGACGUGGGUAAUACAAUAAGAUCCGAUGCUAAAUUUGUACAUAAUUGUUUGUAUGUAUAUAAUGAAAUAUGCAUCGUAAUACAAAAAAGCAUAAAAAAACUAAAAGAAAAUCUAUUUGGGUGUAACGAUCAUCCCUCUCACCAC